AUGGGUGUGCACUCGCAGAGUGUGUUGCUUGGGGCUCAGGCGAAAAAUGAGAUUAUCAGACCCCGUGCCAGCACACCGGGUGAACACCUGGGUGCUGCAGCGCUGGCUCCAUCCUCAGGGGUCCCAUCAAGCGUUCACACAGGUGGUUCAUUGGGGGGGAAUUCUCGGCCAGAUCAAGCGCCGCCGCCAGCCGAUCCACCCAUAAGGGCAGAGGUGAAAGGAGGAAGCAUCGCAUCUAGCGGUCUUAUGUCUUCGCCUGGUGCACGGCUUGAGGAGUCUGCCUCUGCGACUUCGGGAGUGGCAGGAGCCACGGGGCGGCGGCGCUUACUGGACAGCGAUGACGACUCCCCCAUGAGGCCCAGAGGGACGAAGAAGAGCAGGCUGGUCUCCGACAGCUCAGACGACGAGGUGGUCUUGGGUAAAAUGCAUAUUGCGUCUUGUCCUCAGUCUGCGUCAGCUCCUGCUGGGGGCUCUAAGCCCCCAAAACCACAAAGCGGAGCGGCGAAGGUCCCGGCGCAGCCGGUUAAACGCACACUUCCAGCACCGAGUAGGCGCUCCAGUGGUAGCGGAAGCAGCAGGGAAAGUAGCAGUAGUGGGAGCGACAGCAGCAACAGCAGCGGGAGCGGCAGCGACAGCAGCAACGACAGCAGCAGCGACAGCAGCAGCGACAGCAGCAGCAGCGACAGUAGCAGUGGAGAGGAGUCUGAUACGCGUUCCACCAGCAGGCCCAAAUCGCGGGCGUCUUCUGGUAGUAAGAAGCCAGCAGUUAAAAAAGACGUUGCCAGGGCUAAGCAUACAAAGACAGGCCAAGUAAAGCUGCGAAGUGCUCGUCAGCCUGCAACUGUAAGAAAAGGCGGGGACAAUGGAGACAGCGACGAGGACGGACAAGAAAACGAAAUAAGCAUGGGGGCCUUCGACCCAAAAAAGAGAAACUCUAAGGACAGACUUGUAGCUCAGUUCCUGAGGCGAUGGUGGUACGCCUGGCCGCAGUGGCCUCCAGAGGAUUUUGACUAUUCGAAGGAGCUGGAGAAGCGAAAGCUGAAGUGGGUUUCUCUUGAAGAGUACGAAGAUCUAGACGACGUUGACAAGGGCGGAUAUACAAAAGUCUACCAGAUAUCUGCCUUUCCAGGUGUGUUCAGGGACCCAAACGGCAAUGCGAUUGACUUGCGCCCCCAGGAAGGUCGUCCGUGCUACAGGAAUGUGAAGCAGCUCUCGGAGCUUGAGUUGCUUCAGCUUAUUGCUAAGGCUAUCAAGGGCCAAAUGGCCGCUUUACAGUCCUCGGCGUUUGAGGAGACCUCCAUUGAGCGUGCGCUGCAAUCGGAACUGGAAGAGGUUGAGUCCGAGUUGAAGCAAAUGCAAAGGCGAAUGGACGCAGCCAAGGGCCGCGCCUAG